GUCACGCAGCCUGGUUUGGCGCGGUUUUUGUUUGUCAGGAAUUGGCGCUCAUUUUACCUCAGAACAGAGAACACCGGCGAGAGGAGAUCCGCCCGAAGGCACCCGGAGAGAGAGAGAAUCAUGCAUGUCAUUAAGAGAGAUGGCCGCCAGGAGCGUGUCAUGUUUGACAAGAUCACGUCCCGCAUCCAGAAGUUGUGUUAUGGACUCAACCCGGAGUUCGUGGAUCCGGCUCAGAUCACAAUGAAGGUGAUCCAAGGAUUGUACAGCGGGGUCACCACCGUGGAGCUGGAUACUUUGGCGGCAGAGACAGCGGCCACCCUGACCACCAAACACCCGGAUUAUGCCAUCUUGGCUGCCCGGAUCGCCGUCUCCAAUCUGCACAAAGAGACCAAGAAGAUAUUCAGUGACGUGAUGGAAGAUCUCUAUAACUAUGUGAACCCCCUGAAUGGCCUUCACUCCCCGAUGGUAUCUAAAGAAACUCUGGACAUUUUCCUGGCUAAUAAAGAUCGCCUCAACUCCUCCAUCAUCUAUGACCGAGACUUCUCUUACAACUACUUCGGCUUCAAGGAUACUGGGUUUUCUCUCCUGAGGAUGAAUAUGACCUGGUGUGCUUCCCUUGCAGUGGCAGAACGUCCCCAGCACAUGCUCAUGAGGGUGUCUGUCGGAAUCCACAAAAACGACAUAGAAGCGGCCAUAGAAACGUACAAUCUGCUGUCUGAGAAAUGGUUCACACACGCCUCUCCCACCCUGUUCAAUGCCGGCACCAACAGACCCCAACUCUCCAGUUGUUUCCUCCUCUGUAUGAAGGAUGACAGCAUCGAAGGCAUUUAUGACACUCUGAAACAAUGUGCUCUGAUCUCCAAAUCUGCCGGUGGAAUUGGUGUUGCCGUCAGCUGCAUCCGAGCCACCGGAAGUUAUAUUGCUGGGACAAACGGUAACUCCAAUGGCUUGGUACCGAUGUUACGGGUAUACAACAACACCGCUCGCUAUGUGGAUCAAGGAGGAAACAAGAGGCCUGGAGCAUUUGCAAUCUACUUGGAGCCUUGGCACUACGAUGUGUUUGAGUUCCUGGAUCUGAAAAAGAAUACAGGGAAGGAGGAACAACGGGCCAGAGAUCUCUUCUAUGCCUUGUGGAUCCCGGAUCUGUUUAUGGAACGUGUGGAAUCUAAUCAGGAUUGGUCCCUGAUGUGUCCCCACGAGUGUCCGGGGCUGGAGAACGUUUGGGGUGAGGAGUUUGAGAAAUUAUAUGAACGGUACGAGAAGGAGGGUCGGGCACGCAAGGUAGUGAAAGCACAACAGUUGUGGUAUGCCAUCAUGGAAUCUCAGACAGAAACUGGCACUCCUUACAUGUUAUACAAAGACGCCUGUAACCGCAAGAGCAACCAGCAGAACCUCGGCACCAUAAAGUGCAGCAACCUGUGUACAGAGAUUGUGGAGUACACCAGUGACGACGAGGUUGCCGUGUGUAAUUUGGCCUCUCUUGCUCUGAACAUGUAUGUGACAUCCGAACGUACAUUCGAUUUUAAGAAACUGGCCGAUGUCACCAAAGUCAUAGUGCGCAACCUAAACACCAUCAUAGAGAUCAACUUCUACCCCAUUCCUGAGGCCGAAUACUCCAACAAGAGGCACCGUCCUAUUGGAAUUGGAGUCCAGGGCCUUGCAGACGCCUUCAUCCUCAUGCGGUACCCAUUCGAGAGUCCAGAAGCUCAAUUGCUGAACAAGCAGAUUUUUGAGACCAUCUAUUACGCUGCUCUGGAGUCCAGCUGUGAGCUGGCCAAGGAGCUCGGUCCCUAUGACACGUACCAGGGGAGUCCUGUCAGCAAAGGGAUCCUGCAGCCGGAUAUGUGGAACGUUACACCCACCGAUCUCUGGGACUGGGCACAACUAAGAGAAAAGAUUGCCAAGCAUGGUAUUAGGAACAGUUUGCUGGUCGCUCCGAUGCCCACUGCGUCCACCGCACAGAUCCUGGGGAACAAUGAAUCUAUUGAGCCCUACACCAGCAACAUCUACACCCGCAGAGUCCUGUCCGGGGAGUUUCAGAUUGUGAACCCCCACCUGCUGAAAGAUCUGACCGAGCGAGGCCUGUGGAACGAAGACAUGAAGAACCAGAUAAUUUCUUGUAACGGCUCCAUACAGAGUAUUCCUGAUAUCCCGGCUGACCUGAAGGAACUCUAUAAGACCGUGUGGGAGAUCUCUCAGAAAACCAUCAUCAAGAUGGCCGCUGACAGAGGAGCCUUCAUUGACCAGAGCCAGUCGCUCAACAUCCACGUUGCCGAACCAAACUACGGGAAGCUGACGAGUAUGCACUUCUAUGGGUGGAAGCAGGGAUUAAAGACCGGCAUGUAUUAUCUCCGAACCCGCCCGGCUGCCAAUCCCAUCCAGUUCACGCUGAACAAGGAGAAGCUGCAGGAGAAAGAUCUGGCCAAAGAGACGAUGGAACAGGAGGAGAGGGAGCGGAAUAAAGCGGCCAUGGUGUGCUCUCUAGAAAACCGUGACGAUUGCCUAAUGUGUGGCUCGUAGG